AAACAAAUGCGUUUGACUUGUCCCAUAAAAUGAUUUGAUAUUAUAGGAAAAUGACAAUGCUGAAACGAUGUAGAGCUUGCCUGGAAAGUUCCGAAACGAUGGUCAGUAUAUUUAAUGUUUCCCAAGAAUUGGACAUUCAAAUUGCCGAUGUGAUAUCUCAAUGUACAGGAAACCCGGUUUCUAGAGGGGAUUCCCUUCCUGAAACCCUCUGCAAACCUUGUCUAAAAGAUACAACGUUGGCCUUUAGGAUAAUAAAAAAGUACGAGGAGACUCAACAGUUUUACAAGCCGUUUAAAAAGCAAGAAGAUAACAGACCGUUCAAAAAGGAGGAGGAUUCACUGGAGGAAGAAGUCUGCAAAUUCUCAUGGCAACGAGGGAAUGGAAAUCCCACCAUUCCAUUGCCAAGUGAAGAAAGAACAAACUGGAAAAGACUUUAUUACAGAGGAAAUAUUUUCAAAAGAUAA